AUGUGGGGAAGAGCACAGUGGGAAACAGGCAUCAAACGGGAGGCGGAUUUCUCUGCCAGCUACCAUGCAGUGAAUGGUUUAGUCACUGGCUGCGUGAACAAUGACGCGGUAUGCCAGAAGACAGCACGGAAGGGCGGUAUCCUAUUGACUCGUCGUUUUAUGGUUCAGGAACGUGCACAAAAGGUCUUUAAGCGUGUUGUUGGUGCGUUCGACGAGGCCGUUACCUUCGGGACGAUGCGCUGUCGUGCGCGUUUUCCUGGUUUUCAAAAGGUGACAGAGCUCCCGAAUAAGCAGGAUAUCAAAGUUGGAGCCUUGGUCGUAGUGUAG